GGUGGUCUCUGGUCUGCUGCAGCUGCCGCCAGGUGCCGCCACCGCACCAUUCGAUGGCGCGGAGUAGCGCCAGUGUGGUGCAUGGUGGGGGUACCGCCGGCCGAUGCGAUGUCAGUUCGCGGCGAUAGCCGACACAGGUAAACAACAACACGCUGCUGCUGACCUUUCUGAUAAGUCAGUCCCAGCCUGGUCAGACACAUCCUCAGCUCAACCCGAGUGACUCGCCGAGGGGCUAGACCCGCCCGGAGGAAGUUUAUAGUGUUUAUAUAGUUUAUAUAGUGUUGAUAGUUUAGCGUGGUUUGGAGCAGACGCAUCACCCAGGCCAGAGUUGAGCGAGCCGCGCACCGCACGAGAGCGGAGAGGUUAGAGGACGAUCUGCCGAGCCCUCGCCCGACAAACGAAUUUUUCCCGUCACCAGCAAUAGCCAUGGAGUGCGACCUCUGCACCGAGCACCUCGACGGCGCCGAGCGGGUGCCCAAGGUACUGCCGUGCGGGCACUCGGCCUGCAUACAGUGCCUGCGGCGGCUGCCCGACGCCAGGUGCCCGACGUGCCGCCGGGACUUCACCGGCCCGCCGGAGGGACUCCCGACCAACUUUCUGGCGCUAAAGUUGCUUGAAGGACGCAGACUGGACAGGUGUCCCCUCGGCUGGUGCUCGGGCUGCCGCGCCGCCGCCACGCCCCGCUGCUGGGAGGACCACGACGUCGUGUCCGUCAGGAGUGCCAUGAGGCGCCAGCUGCAGGACGCGCUCCCGCAGGCCGCCGAGCAGCUCCAGGGCCUCCAGGACAAGUGCCCGGACGAGCAGGCCCUGCCCGCCCUCACCCUGCUGACGGGCGAGUCCUGGGCCGUGUCGCUGCGGGGUGGGGGCCGCGAGCUGACGGGCACCGUGCGCAACACCGAGGAGCCCCUCACCAAGGCGCUGUGGCUCCUGCUGGCGGCGAGGGCCGCGCUCACCGAGGAUCGAGUCGCUGCACGGGAUGCACCACCUGCAGCCGCACCCCCUGCAGCCGCACCCCCUGCUGCUGCACCCCCUGCAGCCGCACCCCCUGCAGCCGCACCCCCUGCUGCUGCACCACCUGCAGCCGCACCACCUUCCGAGGUGUGGCCCCCGCGUGAGAUGGAUGUGUCCGUGUCCAUUAAUUUCAGCCGCUGUCAACCCAAUGACAUGCGCCAGGAGAAGGCUGCCUUCCUGCGGGCCGCGCCAGGGGUGACGCGGCUGGUCGGUGUGUGCUGCUACCGUGACCCCGACUGGAGCCUCGAGCUGCUGCAGCGCGCCGCGCCCUCCGUGGAGCAGCUGAGUGUGGACGGCCCCCAAGCGGCCCACCUGCGUGCGGUGCUCGCCAUGCCGCGGCUCAGGAGGCUGCAAGUGUGGAAUGAUCGGCUGAUCGGCUCGCUCCCCGAGCUGGGCGCGCUCCCCGAGCUGGGCGCGCUCCCCGAGCUGGGCGCGCUCCCGCCGGGACACGCCGGCCUGAAGUGGCUCAGUGUGCACAUCCUCGGGUUCGACCAUCUGCCGGCCCUGCUGCAGGCGCACGGCCCCUCGCUGGAGGUGCUGCAGCUGCGGGCGGACUGCUCGAUGGACGACGUGUGGUGGAUGGAGCGCCCGCUGCUGGAGGAGUGCGGCCUGCUUGCGCUGCGGAAGCUCGUUCUGAUGAGGUUCGGUGCCGACCAUGAGGCGGGCCAGUGCGGCCAGCAGCGCGCCCAGCUGCGGCGGGCGCUGCCAGGGCCCGGGACUGAGGUCUUGUGCGACGUGUGUGACGGCGACGAGGUGCGGGAAGACUUCUAGGGGCGGCGAGCGGCGGGCGGCAGGGAGGACCACGCGGCGAGCAGCCGUCAGGGCCGCCGCCGGGCCGUGGCGGACGGGGACGGACUGAAAAUCUGGGAAUACUAAUGAAGCUGAGUUGGAAAACAGUACGGCAAGAUAUGCCCACAUUUGUAAUGAGACUAAAAGCACUAGGGACGGCAUUUGGACAUUUCAACCUAGUCUAUUAUUAAAGAAAGACAUAAGUUUCUAUCUGUUUUUGA